UCCUUGGUUGUGUUGCGUUUGACGGGAAGAGGCAGUUAGAGCGCGUCAGUGAGGUUUGAGGUGAAGUGGGAAGAAACAGAAAACCUAACUCCGAUCCGCUCCCUAUAAACUGAAAUUUGAGGCUUUAAGUUUAAGGCCAUUGGAGAUGAUCCACACUUGCUUCCAAAAGGCAUAUAUACAUUCGGAAAGAAUUGAAAAAGAAGUGAAUUAUCAAUUCAUUCAGUGGAAAUCGAGAGAUUCUUGAAAAUGUGGGGUCGUUAGGUUGAAGCCGAUAUCGUUGUCUGAUAGUUAAGAUGGGUGGUCCGGCGGUGCCGUUUCAUAUAUCCACUAUUCCCAAGCCGCAAGACGAGUACCGGAUACUUGUGAACAACUUGAACGAGCCGUUCGAACAUGUGUGGUUGGAGACCAGCGAGGAUGAGUCCAGGUUCAUACAUCCCCUGGAGAAGUUUUCUUCCCUCGAUUUUCUUGACACUGCUGUUGCUGCUUCCGACCCUGUCAAACCUCCUUCUUUAGAUCACACUCCAUUUAAACUAGUGGAGAAGCUCAACGAUCUGAAGGAGUUAGUGCUCAAGUUGCAAGGAGUGGAUGAGUUUGCGGUCGAUUUGGAGCAUAAUCAAUAUCGAUCCUUUUUAGGAAUUACAUGCCUUAUGCAAAUAUCUACUAGAACUGAAGAUUUUGUCAUAGACACACUGAAACUUCGCAUUUAUGUUGGUCCUUAUCUAAGAGAAAUUUUUAAAGAUCCAACCAAAAGAAAGGUCAUGCAUGGAGCAGAUAAGGAUAUUCUGUGGCUUCAACGAGAUUUUGGUAUAUAUAUCUGCAAUCUGUUCGACACUGGGCAGGCCUCAAGGCUUUUGAAAAUGGAGAAAAACAGCCUGGCAUAUUUGCUGCAGCAUUUUUGUGGAAUUAUGGCAAAGAAAGAAUAUCAGAGUGCAGAUUGGAGGUUGCGCCCACUUCCUUCUGAGAUGCUCAGAUAUGCCAGAGAAGAUACACACUUUCUAUUGUACAUUUAUGAUGUCAUGAAGAUGAAGCUGCUUUCUUUAUCUGUCAACACUGAAUCAAGCAGUUCUCCUUUGGCAGAGGUAUACAAACUUAGCUAUGAUAUAUCCAUGCAGCUGUAUACAAAAGACAUUUGGACUGAUAAGUCAUAUCUCAAUAUAUAUGGGUUACCUGAAGCUGGAUUCAAUGCUAAGCAGCUUGCAGUUGUUGCAGGACUGUCUGAGUGGAGGGAUGCUGUUGGUCGUACAGCAGAUGAAAGUACUGGGUAUAUUUUACCAAAUAGAGCACUUCUUGACAUUGCUAAGGAGAUGCCUCUUACCAGCUACAGAUUGCUCCAGUUGGUUAAAUCAAAGUACCCACAUAACCCAUCUAUUGAAAAUAAUGUUGAUUAUAUAGUCAAUCUCAUUAGGAAUUCAAUUCAAGCGUCUGCUGCAUAUGAAGCUGGUGUUGAAUACCUGAAAGAAAUGUCGAGAGGAAAAAACAGUGAUGUAAAUGCAACUUCAAACAUAAACGGGGGUGGCGGUGGGGAUACAAAAGAUGCCAAAACCUCACAUCACAAAGUCUGAAAUGAUACUCUGUAGCCUGUACAUUGAGAUUGAGAAACUCUGAAAAACCAAAAAAAAGAAAAAAAAAACUCUGAAAUCGACAUCUGAAGAGUGAAGCAAGUAACAAACAUCAGCAUCUGGGAACUGUCUGCCUGUACCUCUUGAAUAUGAAAAGCACAGUUAGUCAAUUUCUGUUGUAAAAGAAAGAUAUGAUACUCUGUAGUCUGUACAUUGCAGUUUGAUGUAGUGAAGAUAAUGACAGUAAAUAGUUGAUAUAAUAGAUUUUUCUUUUUCGUUUUC